UCAGGGAGCCGAUGUGGAAUUUCCUGCCCGGCCCCGCGCCCCUCCUGCCGCCCCCCGCCCGGCCUCGCACUCGGCUUCCGGCCGCUCUCGCUGCGGCCGCACCGCGCCCGCGCCCGCCCCGCGCCUGCCCCGUGCCCCGCAUGGAGGGUGCAGGGGCCCGGGGGGCCGGGCCGGCGCGGCGCCAGGGAUCCGGGAGCCCCCAGCCGCCGCCGCUGCUGCCACUGCUGCUGCUCUGCCUGCUGCCGGGCCCCGCGGCGUCCCAAGAGCUGAACCCGCGCGGGCGCAACGUGUGCCGCGCUCCCGGCUCCCAGGUACCCACGUGCUGUGCCGGCUGGAAGCAGCAGGGAGAUGAGUGUGCAAUCGCGGUGUGCGAAGGCAAUUCCACGUGCUCCGAGAACGAGGUGUGCGUGCGGCCCGGCGAGUGUCGUUGCCGCCACGGCUACUUCGGCGCCAACUGCGACACUAAGUGCCCGCGCCAGUUCUGGGGUCCCGACUGCAAGGAGCUGUGCAGUUGUCACCCACACGGGCAGUGCGAGGACGUGACGGGGCAGUGUACGUGUCACGCGCGGCGCUGGGGAGCGCGCUGCGAGCACGCGUGCCAGUGCCAACACGGCACGUGCCACCCGCGGAGCGGGGCGUGCCGCUGCGAGCCGGGCUGGUGGGGCGCGCAGUGCGCCAGCGCGUGCUACUGCAGCGCCACGUCGCGCUGCGACCCGCAGACGGGCGCCUGCCUGUGCCACGCGGGCUGGUGGGGCCGCAGCUGCAACAACCAGUGCGCGUGCAACUCGUCGCCCUGCGAGCAGCAGAGCGGCCGCUGCCAGUGCCGUGAGCGCACGUUCGGUGCGCGCUGCGAACGCUACUGCCAGUGCUUCCGCGGGCGCUGCCACCCGGUGGACGGCACGUGCGCCUGCGAGCCCGGCUACCGCGGCAAGUACUGCCGGGAGCCGUGCCCCGCCGGCUUCUACGGCCUGGGCUGUCGCCGUCGGUGCGGCCAGUGCAAGGGCCAGCAGCCGUGCACGGUGGCCGAGGGGCGCUGCCUGACGUGCGAACCCGGCUGGAACGGAACCAAAUGCGACCAGCCGUGCGCCACCGGCUUCUAUGGCGAAGGCUGUGGCCACCGCUGCCCGCCGUGCCGCGAUGGGCAUGCGUGCAACCACGUGACCGGCAAGUGUCCGCGCUGCAACGCGGGCUGGAUCGGCGACCGGUGCGAGACCAAGUGCAGCAAUGGCACUUACGGCGAGGACUGCGCCUUCGUGUGCUCUGACUGCAGCAGCGGCCACUGCGACUUCCAAUCCGGGCGCUGCCUGUGCAGCCCAGGCCUUCACGGGCCGCACUGUAACCUGACUUGCCCGCCUGGGUUCCACGGGGUGGACUGCGCCCAGGCCUGCAGCUGCAGGGAGGACUCGUGCGACCCGGUCACCGGUGCCUGCCGCCUGGAGACCAACCAGCGCAAGGGCGUGAUGGGCGCGGGCGCGCUGCUCGCCCUGCUCCUCGGCCUGCUGCUCUCGCUGCUCGGCUGCUGCUGCGCCUGCCGCGGCAAGGACCCUGCGCGCAGGGACCUCCCGCUGGGGAGGAAGACCCCGCAGAGGCUGUGCGGGCGCUUCAGCCGCAUCAGUAUGAAGCUACCCCGGAUCCCGCUGCGCAGGCAGAAGCUGCCCAAGGUCGUAGUGGCCCACCACGACCUGGACAACACGCUCAACUGCAGCUUCCUGGAGCCGCCCUCAGGGCUGGAGCAGCCCUCCCCGUCAUGGUCCUCCCGGGCCUCCUUCUCUUCCUUUGACACCACAGACGAGGGCCCCGUGUACUGCGUCCCCCACGAGGAGGCGGCAGCCGAAAACCUGGACACGGAGGGGCCCCCUAACCCUGCGGAGGCCCCGGCACCAUCCCCCGCGCCCUUGGCCUCGCCGGCCUCGGUGGAAGAGACCGCUCCUCCGCCUGCGUCCUCCGACAGCGAGCCCUCGGCCUCGAGCGUGGAGGGCCCCGGGGCGGCGCUGUACGCGCGCGUGGCCCGGCGUGAGGCCCGGCCGGCCCGGGCCACGGGCGAGGCUGGCGGGCUGUCGCCAUCCCCGGAGCGCAAGAAGCCGCCUCCGCCCGACCCCGCCACCAAGCCCAAGGUGUCCUGGAUCCACGGCAAGCAUGGCAGCACAGCCACCGCCCGUGCGCCCUCGCCGCCUCCCCCGGGCCCCGAGGCCGCUCCCAGCCCCAGCAAGAGGAAACGGACGCCCAGCGACCCGUCGGCGCGGCCCGGGCUGGCCGAGGAGGCUCCGGCCGCGCCCUCGCCGCCCCGGGCCCGAACGCGAGGUCGAGGCCUCUCGGAGCUCACGGACGCUCCCGGGCCCCCGCGCAGCGCGCCGGAGGCCGCCUCCAUGCUGGCCGCCGAGCUGCGCGACAAGACUCGCAGCCUGGGCCGCGCAGAGGGACUGCCGGGUGCCCAGGGUCCCCGGGAGAAGCCGGCGCCGCCGCAGAAGGCCAAGCGCUCUGUGCCGCCCGCCUCGCCGGCCCGCGCGUCCCCCGCGCCCGAGGGCGCCACAGCUGGCUCGCCGGCCCCCGACACCCCUCGGAAGAAGACCCCCAUCCAGAAGCCGCCGCGCAAGAAGAGCCGGGAAGCGGCGGGCGAGCCGGGCAGGGCGGGCGCCCCCACCCUGUAGUUCCCUCAGCUUCCCUGGCUUCGCCAUGCUUGCCGCCCCUGCCGCGCCCUCAGCGUCUCCCGGCACGAGGCGGCCUCCCAUUGGCCAAAGCUCGGCGGGAGGCCGCGUCUCAUUGGCUCAGGCUCUAGCAGCCGCUCGUGGAUUGGAGGAGCGUCUUCUGGUGGGAAGGCCUAUGCAUUCAUUGCCAUUGGUCAAGCUUCACCUUGGUGCUUCGGGCCUCAUUGAUCUAGGUAGGGAGUUGUGCCCAACGGCCCUUCCUUGCAUUUCAUUGGCUGAGUCCAGGAAGAGGGUCCUGUUGAGACACUACCUCCUAUUGGCCAAAAGUACGUGUUGGACUGGAGAUAAUUUUCUCAUUGGCUGAGGCCAGAAGCACUUCUCUCCCGGCUGCCUCUCAUUGGCUAAGGCCUGGCGCCUGUGGCUGGCAGGAGGCGCCCAGUUCCCUGGCAGUAGCCUGAGGCUACGUGCACUGGGCAGGCUCGCGGGCAUCUGGUCGACCAGAGCCUGGGGAGGAGGGCUGGUCUCCUCUUCCUCGGGGGCUCAGCGUCCCUGGGCUUAGCCCGGCCCACCCCUGCCCUUCCCUGCGACCCCAGGCCUGGCCCGUCCCCUUCAGCUGUCGAGCUGGUUUUGAUGGCCUCCCAGACCCACCCCACCCCACCCUGCCCCCGCACGCCUUGGGGACCCCCCAGUGGCCUGAGGAGAUGUAUUUAUAGGCCCCCCGGCAGGGCUGCUCCCACCCACCCGGAUGCCCCAGGAUGGGCGCUUCCCGGCUGGGGUUUGGCCACAGCUUAAUAAAAUGCCUUU